GACUGGCUGACCUCAACUACUCUCAACUCAGUCACCAGUAUCAUGGAUCUCGUGCCAUAUAUCUACUGGGAGGACCAAGAACCAGGAUCACAGCUAUGUGCUCAGCACUGCUUAAACAACUUGCUACAGCAGCACACAUACAGCGAGUUUGACCUCGCUGAUUUGGCUCACAACCUCGAUCUGGCAGAGAACGCCACUUUAUCUCCCUCGAGACAAAACACUAAAUCUUUCAACUACGAUGACACUGGAUUCUUUUCAAUCUCCGUGUUGGAACGUGCAUUGCAAGUAUGGGACUUGACACUGGUCCGAUGGCGAGGAGAAGCCAUGAGGGAUUAUCAAGAGUUCCCCGAACAACAAGCAGGAUUCAUACUCAACCUCUCUUCUCACUGGUUCAGUCUUCGUAGAUUCUCAACCACCAAAAGAUGGUACAAUCUCAAUUCUUUCCUUCCCGAAGGACCAGAAUGGAUCUCCCCGACUUAUCUUCGUCUUGUACUUACCCAAGCGGAGAAAGAGGGGUAUUCGGUAUUCUGUGUACGUCGUUCUGCCGAAGGUCUCGCAGAAGGGGAAGGAUGGGGUGAUGGUGGUGUUGCACAUUUGCCUGAGAGUCCUGCGGAUGCGAUGGCAUUACAAUUGGGUGAACCGACUGGAAGAACGGGUGGAGGUGGUUUUGGGCAUCCUGAUCAGCCUAAUCCUGGACCCUCUACUAACCCCGAUCAACCAUCCGUAGACCCCUCCCCUCCGCCCGCAACAGUCUGGACAGUCCCUUCUUCCCCUCCUAUCGCAGCUCCCCCGGGUCCAUCCAGACCGCCUCCACGAGAACAAGAUCUUUUCCCGGAGACUUUAGAGGAAAUGAUUCCCUCUCCCUCUCCCGCUCCUAGAUCUCGCCCACAACCCCAACCUGCAUCACGAUUAUUUGACCCUCUCCAAACUCCAGAGGAAGAAGAAGAGGAUGAAGAAGUAGAUGAAACAUACAUGGUCCCGAUGGAUUUCAGACAUGAUAACAGGAGGUAUGAUGAUGAAGAUCAAGCUCUUCAAGCUGCUUUAAGAGCCAGUAUGGAAGAUUUACCAGAAGGAUGGGAAGCUCCAAAAUUGGAUAUUAAACCAAUACCAAGGAAACCUUCUUUACCUGCUAUUCCUUCUGGUGUUGGAGUUUCUUCACCUCCAGCUUUACCUGCUACUACCGUCUCGCCAAACCCGGUAACAGGAAAAGUCCCUGAGACGGCGAAGGAUAAAUCAGAGACGGAACCAGUGAUUGUGGAAGAUGAAGAUGAUGGUCCAACUGAAGAUAUUUCACCUGAGGAAAUACGUAGACGUCGUAUAGCGAAAUUUGCAAAUCCUUAAUCUUUGAUCAAGUUAUCAUGUCAUCCGUCUAUCGAUCUCAAACUCGAAUUUAUGCCUGUAGACAUCGAUUCAACAUCCUCAACAAAUUACAUAUGAUAUGAAUCUGGAUGGAUGGUGAGACAAGUUGUAGAUUGAGGAACAAAAGCAAGUUUGUAAAUGUGCAGAAAAAGAAUUAGUAUCAUGCAUACAUUGCUCAUAUAC